AUGCCUGAUAAAGGAUGGAGUACACCUGAUAUGUUUGUACCUCCUGGUUAUCACCUAGGAGCAUCUAUUUCGGGUGUAACGAAGGAUGAUAAAGAAGUCGGAGAUGUUCCCUAUGCAUAUGCUCCAGCUUGGUGGUUUGGGAUAUGUGAUGAUGAAUGGAUGCUGGGGAAAGAAUUACACAGCAAGUGUUGUUAUAACGCAAAAUGGACAUCAAGUGUCUGCCAGGUGUGCAGUGGUCAGGCUUCUUCUUUUACCAGACGUCUUUAGCUCUUUUUUUGGGGUAAUUUAGUAUUAACUGAUGAUAAAUUGGCCACCGUAAAGAGUUUAAAAGCUAACGUUUCGAACGUUAGCCCUUCGUCAAUCGCUCCGACGAAUGCUCGAAGCCCGGCUCAGCUUUUAAACUCUUUACGGAGGCCAAUUUACGCUAUUAACUCAGUUGAUAAUACUAAAUUAUCCUGUUAUAUAUACUCUUCUACGGACGCAGCACCACAGUUUCUUUAGAAACUUACCCCCUUUGUUCAUUUGUCUUCAUUUUUUUCGGUCUCUCUUCUGAAUGAGUUCUUGCAUGCUAUCUCACCAUGGAAAGUAAGCUUGGUGAAAAUUAAUAUUUGAGGAGCACCAUUUCAUGAGUAGCGUCGUUUUCCAGGUAGCUCGUAUUCCUCAUUCUGGGAAAAAGAACACUUAAAGACCCCUUCCUGUACAGUUUAUUUAGUGAGAAAUCUCAGUAUUUUCACCCUUGAUCACCAAUGACAAAUUUCUCGCAUACUCUUCAGAGGCAAGUGAUUAAACUUUCGACAUAUCACAGUCAGGCAAGAGGGCGUUUUGGGUGAUAUCUGACUUUAUCCACGAUUGCAAAGAUACAAUAACCGUUAAUUUCCUUACUACCUUUCAACAUUUGAUGUUUCCUCAUUUCUUGACCGUCAGAAUAUGAUUGAUGGGGCGGCUUUUCUUAGCGUUGGAUAUGAUGGUCGUGGAGAGUACAGUCCGCAGUCAAGAAAAACGAGUAUUGUGCAACGAAACUGCAAAAACAAGGCAACGUGAGUAUUAACAUGUACAGAUAAGAUUGUAAAAUUUUAACCGCAUGGUUACACAGUAGACGAAAGACAAAGAAAUGAGUAAAGUAAAGUUGUCAUUGAUUCACAGGUUGUACCAAUCGUUUUCUGAUUUUAAUACGUGGUCUAUCUCACUGGCGUAGUAUUGCCCUCUUUGAUUCUGAAAAAGACAAAUUUUUUUCAGUGGCCAUAUAUAUUUGGAAGCAUCUAAGGAACUUCUGAGAACAUUUUUCCGGCAGUUUCAGCAACAAGAGUCUAAAAGACGUCUUCAGGCCAUGAAAACAAAGAGAGCUUCCGGUUUUUUUCGGAAAUUCUGUCGAAAAAUAAUUUUGUCAUGUUAUAUGUCAGUUAUUGAUUUAACAUAUUCAGCCAGUUUAGCUCGACAUUGACCUUUUCCUUGCUGCGUUUUUAUGGACCUCGACUUUGUCUGUUGAACUUGGCAAAAAUCUUCCAGUCAUGCCCUUAGGCUUGGUCAAUAAAACAUAUAUUGUUGUACUUGACUGGUUACCUUACGGCCGUUUCAGUUACGACGAGUACGAUGUAACAGACACCAGGAACGUCCAUGGAAUUUACGAUACCUCAGCCACAAUGCAGACGUCCGAGAGCCGAAGAGAAUUCCAAAAAUAUUUGCAGCAGGAAGCAGGUGUGUCAGAAUCGUAUUUUGGGUUUUAUGCCGGCGCUAAGAAGGCUUGGGGCAGCUCCGAGUCGGGCGCUAAGCAGCAGUACAUGUCUGUACUGGAUGUCGAUGUGGACAGGUGGGUACCGGAAAUUUCACCAACAAAUAAUUCAAAUGAUAUGUCCAGGGAGAAAUUUUAUUCAUCCCUAGGCGAACAAAACAUACCAACUGCCAAUAAACAAAAAUAUUGCGUUUUAUUUAAAACUGAAGCAAAUUUCAUUGCUAUUGUCCAUGGAAAGGUAUGAAGUGUUCAUGGACAAAGUUAAACCUCAAGAUUUGAGCUUAACGUUUCUGCGAGAAUUCAUGAGCCUCCCCAAGUCAUACUUCAAUGCAGGAGCACCAAUAAAGUACCGUAAGUUGAACAAACUAUGCUUAAUCGACAUAAAUUUUAAUUUGCACUUGUUGUUUUCGUUGCUUUGUGAUGUUGGUCCGCUUCCAGUGAAGUGAGUCUCGAUUUUUUCCUUUUUGCUGAAAAAACAGAAAAUUUUAUCCAGAGAUGGGAAACACACUAUAUCAAAUCAGCUAAACUUGGAGGUCAACUGGAAAUUCAUAAGACGAUGGAUGCUAGUCAAGCGGGAAGUAAGACACAAUUUUCAGAAAAAAUGGAAGUGGAAUACAAAACUCUUUUUGCAAGUGUUGGAGCAAAAUAUAAAAAGGAAGGAGGGCAUUCAGUGAGGGUGGAAACCAAAACAACAUCCACAGUAGUGGAAGCCAAAGGAGGAAGUCAGGAUAUUGCAUCUAUCCUUUCUGAUGUUUACGCGCCAACAUUUAA